UAGAUGGAAAUCAUGCGAAUGGAAAGAUAUAUCACUCAGCAAUACAGAAAUAAUCAAUGCGUUAGCUAGUGUGCACUUGAAUUUCGAUGAUUACAUAUCAGAGAAAUUAUCCAAAGAAGACUGCAGAUUCAGUGAAUUUGAUUACAAAUUAAUAUAUCAGAAAAAUGAGUCUAAAAAACUCUUUCAAAAAUAUGCUCUUGUAAGAGACUAUGAUGGAUUUAUAGAAGAUAAAGGAGCCAUGGAAUUAAAAAGUAGUAAUUUUCUUCAUAAUAGAAAAAGAUAUAUAUGUGACACAGCCGAAUUGGAUAAAUGGAAAGCUAUUAUGAAAGAGCAAGUGCAACAAAAAAUAACUUACUUAUAUGAUGAUUGCUCAAGAUUUACCACAUCAAUUGUUUUAUAA